GAUGGAACGAUAGGAAGGGAUGUGCUGCAAGUGACCAUAAAGUCUCCGCGUCGGACAUCACUUGCAUCCAGUUGCUACCGACUCUCAGGUGUCUCCAAUCCUCGUUCCCAUUUUCUCCUCUCUCUCUCUGUCGACACUGUCGCAAUCAAAAGACCCGCGUUCACGCUCCGUCGUUUCGUUCGGCAGUUGACGGGAUUUUUUGGCUAAUUUUAAUUUGUGGCGGAUUCGACUUGGCAAAUUGUUUUUUUUUUUUUUUUUCAUUUCUUCUUUCCACCUUUUGACCACCGACUACCGAAACCGCUCGCCAAAACCAUUUAACACGGGUGCCAUGCGAGUGAGGUUGACGGGCGACCAUUAGUCCCAUCAGGCUUUGAAUCACAAGAUGCGAUCAUUCACUCUAGUUCAUAACUCAAUUCAUUUCAUCAUGGUGCAGGCAAUUUCUCUUCUCACUCUCUUGCGCAUGCUGACUGAAGCUCAAACGUCUUGCAACUUUGGAUUGGGUCGAAUAGUGUACGAGAAAUUGCCCCAUCAACAGCUCCAAGGCUACGACGACGAUGUGGUACGGGAUGCAUCUCCUCCGAUGCAAGUGUUAACGAGAUGUCAAGAUCUGUGUCUUCGUGAUCGAACGGCAGCCAAUAACCUUGUGCGAACUUGCAGUUCAUUUGAUUUUCAACCGGGCAAGCGCCUGACACUUCCCAAUUCACUGCCCGCUCCUUUCAAUUCCCCGUCAACAUCACCGUCAGUGGCCGGUGCUGUAGAAUAUGACGAGUCUGUCUGUUUCUUGUCGCGAGAACUGCCCCGCCCAGAAGGACUAGGGGCCCUCGUCAACUUACCCGGUCAUUUUCUAUACAGCGAGGUCUGCUUAAGUUCGGCCAGGAUUGAGCGUGAGUGCCCAAAUAGGAAAUCAGUUUUUGAUCGAAUUACCCGCAAGCGGUUUCGGCCUUCUGGUUCGAAAGAGUACUUUGUGAAUAAUCGUACCGAAUGCGAGGAUAAAUGUCUGAAUGAAUACAGCUUCGUCUGUCGCUCUAUUUCGUACGACAGUACGUCGAGGACGUGUUCGUUAAGCCGAUACACGCGCCGCACUCAUCCCGAACAAUAUGAAGACGAUCCUGGAUUCGAAUAUCUAGAAAAUACCUGUUUAUCAGAAGAUCGUCGCUGUGAGGGUCAACUUACUUUCGUUCGUGAAGAACGCGGCCAGAUGCUAACCGCAUUCGACUCUGAAAUAAUGAUAAAUACGACUAUAGAAGAAUGCCAAGCCCGAUGUUUAUCGGCAGACACAUAUUUCUGUCGUUCGUUGACCUACGAUCCUAUUUCUAAAGCAUGCGUCCUCUCCAGCGAGGAUUCAGCUUCGCUGAGCGACCAGGAAGUGGCCACGAUGACCGGAACUGGUUAUUACUACUUUGAAAUUCUAUGCAUGGCCCUUGGAGCAAAUGAAGUAAAUCCGCUAUCACAGCGAGGUGAAGGCGAAGCAUCACCACUUCUUGUCGACGGCCGCCGAAGAGAUAUUUUAACGGCAUUUCAACGUUACCGUAAUUCACGUCUCUCAGCCGAUUUCCAAACGGAAAUUACCGAUCGGUCGUUGGCUGAAUGUCUCGACGAAUGCCUCCGUCAGACAAGCUACCGAUGUCGAUCUACGAUGUACAGCGAGCGAUUCAGAGUAUGCCGACUUAGUCGCUCCGAUCAAAAGGAUGGCCGACUAAUUUACGAGCCUGAUUACGAUUAUUAUGAAAGCCUCUCAGUUAUGAACGAAACAGUAUUUGAGAGUUCGUCGAGCUUCGUGAACCGCCCGGAAGAAUUCGGUGAAAUUACUGGUUCGUCAGCAGUUGGCGGUUUUGCUGCGAGUUCUGCCGUUCCUGCUGGAAGCUGGCCGCCAGGGAUUGUUCCAGAAAUACAAUCAGAUGAUCCGUACUAUGCGGGGCCAUGGCCAGCAGGGAGCGGUAUUAGCCCAGGAGGAUUGCCGGGAGGAUCUUCGACGGGAUUGGGAAUUCUUCCCGGAGGAAAUCAACUGGGAAAUCGUCCUCGGUGUGAACCUGGACGAGAACACGAUGGAUUUCGCCAGGCCGCCACGCGCAUGCGCCUUCGACGAAUAUACGUUAAACGCUACUUGGUGGCACCGUCCCUAGCCCAGUGUGAGCGUGAGUGUCAAACAGCGCGCGAUUUCCGUUGCAUUUCCUUCAAUUUCUAUCGUUUGCCUUUCUUUUCGAACGCAAUUGGCGGGGAACGAGAAAACUGUGAGCUUAGCGAUCGAUCAACUCGCGAAUUAGACACGAGUAAUCCGUCCUUCUUUGAAACCAAUGGCGAUUAUGAUUUUUACGAACGUUCUCAAACAUCUGACUGCCUUGACGUGAGCCAAGUAUGCAAUGAGGACGGUAUGGAGUUCACAUUGCGCACCCCGGAACCGUUCACUGGACGAAUUUACACUUACGGAUUCUACGAUCGAUGUUUCUUUCGUGGUACAGGGGGCCUUACCAAUGUUUUGCGAAUCACAGGUCCCAGAGGUUUUCCUGACUGCGGAUCACAGAGACAUGGAGACAUAUUGACCAAUAUAAUAGUUGUCCAAUUCAGCGAGAUGGUUCAAACCGCUCGUGACAAGCGUUACAAUCUCACGUGUUUGUACGGUGGACCUGGUGAAGCUGUCGUCACUUCUGGUUAUAUUGGCGCUGGAUCUGGUAGUCCUACACCAAUCGAAUUCCUUCCAGCGCAGAACAUCCUGGAUUCGCGCGUUCGACUACUUAUCAUGUAUCAAGGGCGACCGACCACUACCAUCGCUGUUGGUGAUCCUCUCACCUUCAAGCUCGAAUCGUUGCAGGGCUAUAACCUAAUUGCCGAUAUUUUCGCCACAAACGUCAUAGCUAAAGAUCCAUACACCGGCAAGAGUGUUCAGCUGAUCGAUCGUUUUGGGUGUCCUGUGGACGACGGAAUCUUUCCAUCUCUAGAUCGCGCCAGGAGCGGCGAAGGUUUGGAGGCAGCCUUCAACGCUUUCAAAAUACCCGAAUCCAAUUUUUUAGUUUUUGAAGCCACCGUGAAAUCUUGUCGAGGCGGAUGCCAACCAGUUUUUUGUAAUACCAAUAACGUACCGGGCCGUGGUUCUGGACAGUCUUACGGCCGAAAACGGCGUGAUUCCCCGGCCGGUUUUGCUUUGAACAAACCUGCCUGGUUAAGUUUGUCUAGCAGCAGUAGCAGCAGUACCAUGAAACCCAUAGAGGACACGAAUGAAGAGGAACUCGUUAUGGAAAUGCUUAGGGUUUAUGCUAAUCGUGACGAGAUUCCUGAAAACACUGUCAGUCUUCAGAAGCUAGAUAUUUGUCUGUCUCGUGUAGAAUAUUACAGCCUCAUAACUUCGUUAGGCAUCAUACUGCUCAUCUUAAUAGCAUCUUCAUUUGUGGCCGGCCUUUGUUUCAGACGUUACCGUUUACUACACUUCAAAAAUGCGGGAGCAGAUGCAACGGCACCACACUCUAUGUUGAGUCAUAACACCUACGGUCAACAGCGGCAGCGCAACUUGUUUCAUCAUACUCCUUCAGCUCGGAAUUUCGCUUUUAUUAAUCGUGCCUUUGACUUGCGCACACCACCAGAAUCUACUGUCGGUGACAGGCAAACUGAGCUGGACUUUGGAGAAGGAGAAGUAGCAGAUCGAGCAGUCAGCAGAAAAGGACAACACAAGCAGCAAUCGCGGGCUUUUCAAGACCCGAGCGAGCCAAUAUAUACUGAGCCGUCGUUGUUUGAGCGGUCACGAAGUCUUCGCAGCGUGGCCGCUCCCGACCUCCGCCGUGUCGUCCAUCGAACAACCGCCGAACAACCGGCUAUUAAAGAAGUGCCCGAUACUGAGAGCGCCGCGUUAUAACAAUAUAUAUUCACCUGCAAUGUCUUUAUCCUUUCUGACAGUUUAAACUUAACUAUUUUUUUUCAAUUUAGUUAUCCACGUACAGUACUAUAAAGGAUUCACUAUAUUAUAAGUAGAUUGACUGCACUGUCUUAAUAGGAUGUUUUCACUUUAUUUUACAAUCACACAUUAAAUGCAGGAUAAUGAUUAACAUGGCUGUUUCUCGUGACUUGGGCUUAUGAUUUGGACUCAUCACGAAGUACAGUAGAUACCCCCCCCCCCCCCCUCCAUAAUUAACCUUCUUCAAUUACGGCUACAAAGCGUGCGACCCUUCUGUGUGUUCUGGCGAAAUGGAAUCAGCCACCUCCUCCAAGCGCAAAACUUCUCUAUUACGUGACCUAUACUUUGCAAUUUUUGAACUCUCAAAGUGAAACUUCAAUUUUCCACAAUCACUUUUUUUCCCAUUUUCGUGUUUACUUUGAGGAGGUUGAGGCCUGGCCACAUCGUGGUGUCAUGGCAACGGAAAUUUUGGAAAACGAUUGUGGAAAAUUUAAGUUUUCUUCUAAAAUAAAAAUAAGCAAAGCAGGCCGCUAGGGAUGAAUGCUUUUAGCACCUGAGUACGGCGAGUGAUUUUAUUUCGGAUUUCGACAGAUCUGACAGAAGAGUUGUUCUUAGUGGAUGCACCCUAAGUGCACCCUUCUCAAUAUUCUUAGAAUGAAACACAUCAAGGAUUUCCCCAAUAUUUUAGUGUUGACCAAAAAAGGUGAUUGCUACAAAAAACCCGUCAUUUUUUACAAUCAAGGAAGAUGUUGGCGAUUUGAGGAAGCAUGCAAUAUUAGAUCAAUUCUAUCAAAAUUUGAUCAUUAACUAUGCGAUUCUUGCAUUGAAACCCCUCUCCAAACUUUGUUUCGGUGUGCUUAUUCCGGUAUCUGAUGACUGAUGACAAUAUAUUCCAUUACGUUAAUAA